UACUACUGCUACCAGCUAAUGACAUUAGUUCUUCAGUUCACGUGGUUGAAAUCAGUAGUGUGGCUCAGAACAUUCUAGGUUCAAACCCAUGCCGGGAGUCUAUGGUUUCACAUGAUGGAAUUCCUUUCUUUUACUAGUUUUUUCCCCUUGUAUUCCCUUGUGUGUACACAUUAUGAUGCUAACUUCAGUUACGUGAUGCUCCGCCACUGUAUGCUAUGUUAACAGAUGAUGAAGUAUUUGGCCCUUGGGUGUGGAACUUCCUCUCUGUGAAAUCUCCCUUACUUCCUCUGGCCCUGAAUUUUAAAAAGCACCGAGUCAGUUUUUCCCCAAAGGUGUUAGAGGUUGUCCUGUAUUAGGUUUCCUUUCAUUACUGCAUUGCCAUCCUUUGUAUUAGAACCUUGUCAUAGGGCAAUCCCACCUGGAGUGCCCUCCUGCAGCAGGUCACAGUAUGCCAGGUGCACCCGCCUCACUUUUGCCUUUCAAAAAUCCCACAGACUCCACCACAGGCUCCCUUGCCUCAGUAGUACCACUCUUUGGGCCUGGUUUAUUACAAAAAACAUCAUGCAAAUACUCUAACACCAAGAGUCCCAAACAUAGUCCUAAAACCCUGCUCUAUGUAGCAGAAACACCACCAGUCUCUCUUCUGGGCACAUCCCUGCAUCAGACUCCGGUGACCUCACCAGACUCUCUGCUGGGCACACCCCCUCACCAAACUCCGGUGUCAUCCACCACACCUGUGCCCUCAGGCCCCCUCACCAAGGGCAGAUGGAGGGUCUGCCAGGGCUCCCCACAGCAGCCUGGAUGGCUGUUACCCUGGCCAGCUCUGGCUUGCAGUCUGGCCAGGGGGGCAGGGCCUUGAAGCGAAGAGGAGGGGCAGGCCCACAGAGUGGGCAGGGCCUCAUGGCCCUCCUACUUUCAUGAGGAUCCAGCACCCCUGGAACACUUCUGCUUCUCUGCCUGUCCUGCUGAUCUCUGGCAGCUCUCCAUUGCCCUUCCUGACUGAUCCACACAGCUCUGACUCAGCAGGUCUCCCCUGUGAUGCCUGGGCUCCAGGAAUAUUCAGGGCUGGGGGCCCUGCUCCACCAAUGUUCGGAGCUAGGUCUCUCCCCCGGCCCCGUCUGGAGCAGCCUCCGGCCCCCACCUGCCACCUCCCUCCCCUCCCCCACAAGCUCCGGAGCGUCCCUGCCUGAAUGAAAGUGGCGUGCGGCUCUCCCUUGCCUGCCUGUGCUGCCAGCGGCCACUGCUGCUGCUGCCUAUGGCUAUAGCACAAGAGCAGCGCCAGCAGGCUCAUGCAGCUGGUGGCUGCUGCAGCACCUCAGGUGGGGAGUAGGAGGCACACACAUGCUUGGCAGCCCUCCCUUGGUACCCACUGGGAGAAGACGCCAAGGGGGCUUCCGGACAGGAGACAUCUGGAGUGGACCUCACUCACCUGAGCAGCUACUGGGGCUGCGGCAUCCUCUUUUCCCACUCCUGACGCUGCUGUUUGAGAAGUGUGAGCAGGCAACACAGGGCUCCGAGUGCAUCACCUCUGCCAGCUUUGACGUGGACAUUGAGAACUUUGUACACCAGCAGGAGCAGGAACACAAACCAUUCUUCAGUGAUGACCCCGAACUGGACAACCUGAUGGUGAAAGCAAUUCAGGUCUUGAGAAUUCAUCUGCUGGAGCUGGAGAAGGUGAAUGAAUUGUGCAAGGACUUUUGUAACCGUUAUAUCACCUGCCUCAAAACAAAGAUGCACAGCGAUAACCUACUCAGGAAUGAUCUUGGGGGGCCCUACUCCCCAAACCAGCCCUCCAUAAACCUACACCCACAGGAUUUGCUGCAGAAUUCUCCGAACUCAAUGACUGCAGUGGCCAACAACCCCCAGGGAAUUGUGGUCCCAGCAUCAGCGCUGCAGCCAGGGAAUAUCUCCAUGACAACGGUCAAUUCACAAGUUGUGUCAGGUGGAGCCCUUUACCAGCCUGUAACUAUGGUAACAUCUCAGGGCCAGGUGGUAACCCAAGCAAUCCCACAAGGAGCCAUACAGAUCCAGAACACACAGGUUAACCUGGAUCUGACCUCCCUCCUUGACAGUGAAGAUAAAAAGUCAAAGAACAAACGGGGAGUCCUACCGAAGCAUGCUACCAAUAUAAUGCGUUCCUGGCUCUUCCAGCAUCUUAUGCACCCUUACCCAACAGAGGAUGAGAAAAGGCAGAUAGCAGCACAGACAAACCUGACACUUUUGCAAGUCAAUAACUGGUUUAUCAAUGCCCGACGGCGCAUUCUGCAGCCCAUGCUUGACGCAAGCAAUCCAGAUCCAGCCCCCAAAGCCAAGAAGAUCAAAUCCCAGCACCGUCCUACUCAAAGAUUCUGGCCCAACUCUAUUGCAGCUGGAGUGCUGCAGCAACAAGGAGUCAAUCCUACUACCAAUCCUGACGGCUCCUUAAUUAUGGACAAUCUGCAGUCCCUGUCUUCCGAUAAUGCUACCAUUGCUAUGCAGCAGGCCAUGAUGGCAGCUCAUGACGACUCACUUGAUGGAACAGAAGAUGAGGAGGAGGAUGAAAUGGAGGAAGAAGAAGAAGAAGAACUGGAGGAAGAUAACGAUGAGCUUCAGACAACGAAUGUCAGUGACCUUGGCUUGGAGCACAGUGACUCACUGGAGUAACAAAGAAUUGAAGGUUCCCUGAUUUACGGUAGAGCAGAUGCCUCCCGGAAAGAUGUUUCCCUACCUAAAUCAGCAGCCUGAGGAAUUUUUAGAGGAACCCUGAUCUUUGACAUACAAGCCCCUCACAUCACUUUAAAAAUUAUGUAUGACAAAAUCAAGUAGUGAUACCUUACAAAGUGUCCUGCUUGCCUGCAAUACACUGCAGCUGUGGACAGGAGUGCACAUUUAAGAGACCAGUAGAAUGUGCAGGGUUAUUAUUUAAGUGAAGGACACAUGUUUACAAGGCACAUAUUGUGGCCAGUUUUUUUUUUGUUUGUUGUUUUUUUUUGGUGCUGUUGUUGUUGUUUUUGAUAAGAACAAAAGUGUUUUUAGGGCAAGCUGUUUUCUGUAUGACUGAGUCAUUGAUGGAUGUUAUCAUGCAAUGCCUUUUUUUGACAUGCAGGUGAGAGGCAGGUCUGUUUUCAUUUUCACUGCAUUUAUGAAAGAUUUAUAGAUACAAAAGGAUUGAUGCUUUUUUUAAGUAAAAGAUUGUAAUGAUUAUAAAUAUCUAAAUGUAGGGAAAUCAGAGUUUGCAAAUUGUCAGAAUUUAAAACUGAACAUUGAAAGACUAGUGCUGGAUCCAUUUAGAUUCCUGAUUAGUGCUGAUUAAAUGAAUGUCAGUUCUUCAGACUUCUAUCUCUUCCUAUACAGAGUGACAAACCCCAGGAAGUACAGAGGGGCCACACACAUGUUGAUGUAAAACGGUCUCAUGAUUGGGCACCAGAUUGUGAGCUGUGCAGCCUUUGUAGGAGAACCGAAAACUUAGAAACUUUUAAUUUAAUGUUCUGCUUGUGAUACAGUUAGUGAAAUUUCUUAGGCUAUAGGUGCAAUGUCAAAUGACGAAGAAUGUUUAAAAGAUCACAAAUAUUCAGAAACUGAUCAAGAAAUGAUUGGGCAUACUUAUGUUUUAAUGAAAUAUAAACAAAAAAUGCUAAAUUUGCUUUGUUCAUCUGAAACGUAGUCAGAUUUCAGAAUGCUGAAAGCAAGCUCAUAUUCUGCUAUGCUAUCUCCUGGUUUUGAGAAUUCAUGGAUUGCUGAACUAGGAAAAGGUUUUUUGAGAUAGCUGAACAUGCUAUCCAGCUGGUAAAAUAUAAAAAUGCUCCUUUUGUUACUUCCACCUCUCAUCUGGAAUCCCCACCAACUAUCCCUCUCAUGUAAAGCAUUCUGCCGAGAGAUUGAUGAAAAGCCGGCUUGAAAUAAGAUGCUCAUUUAGGCGAUGUCUACACUGCAGCAGGGAGUGUCCGUCCCAGUGUGGCUAGACAACCACUUGUUAGCUCUGCUCAAGUUACUGUGCUAAAAAUAGCAGUGUAGCUGUGGUAGCAGGGAUGGUGACACAGUCUAGGCACCUGAGUACACACCCACCCAAACCCGCUUGGCACACACUCAGGUGGCUAGCCCAAGCUGCCACCUGUGCCGCCCCAGGUGCAAGUGUCUGUCUAGCCACACUGGGAAGCACGGUGCAAUGUGGACAUAGCCUUAGGCGUGUUUAAUAGCAGUAGGAUGGGACAGAGCCGUACAAAUUUUCUUCACUGACUGAGGAAGAAAACAUUUCAUGACGCGUUGGCAAAACUAAUCACAGCCAAGACUUUCCUGAGAUCAGAGACAUUUGCUGAGCUGACUAACAUAUAUACAAAUAUAGUAAACAAAUAAGAAUCAGAUUAUGGAUAUAAUCACAGAAAUGGCAACAAAGGCCCUCUAGUAUUCACACAGUAGGAACGAAAUAAACUCCUCUUGAUAGAAAGGAUUUCACCCCAAAACAUCACUCGCACAUCUCUCGCCACACACUGAAUGGUAGAACUGAAUAUGGUUGUGUUGUCCAUAAAAUUUAAUUGAAUGAACUUUCAGUCCAUUUGUAGGAGAACAAUUUCAGUGACAACCCUUGGAUGGCACUAUCGUGAAGGCUGAGAAUGACCUUUAGCAAAACAACUGGGGACCUCUAUAUUCCACCUUUGAGGAGCAGUCAGUAACUGAGACUGAGGAAGGACUUCCUGAAAUGAAUGUGUUCCUCCCUACAAUGAGCAAAACUGAAUGAUUUAAUAGAAAUUUGAGAAAGAAACAAGCUUAUUUAUAAUCAGUGGUAUAGAGCAAUAUGUUUUGCUUCCUUUCCAUGCCAUAAUUAGAUCACAUUUCCCCUUUGAAAAUGCAGUGGAAUUAGGGCAGCCAGAAAAUAAGAAUUCCAUUCCACACUCAAUUGACAUAUAAGAACACAAGCAAACUGAAAUUUGCACACUUGAGAGCAACCGCUCAAAAGCCAGUAGCCUGAUGCUUAGGAUACUAAGCUGUGGGAUAGAAGAUGCAGAUUCCAGGCCCUGCUCUAAUUCAAAGCAGGGAUUGGACCUGUGUCGCUACAUCCUAGAUAAAUACCUUCACCAACAGGCAAAAGAGCCAGGUCUUAUCUACACUUCAAAGUUAGGACAACAUAGCUAUGUUGUUCAUGGGUUUGAAAAAUUCACACACACCCCAGAACGAUGUAGGUAUGCUGAGCUAACUCCUGGGAUAGAUGCAGUUAGGUAGAUGAAAGAUUUCUUUCAUUGUCCUAGCUACUGCCACUCAGAGAGGUGGAUUGCUUACAGUGAUGGAAGAACCCCUUACAUCAGUGUAGGAAGUGUCACUGUCAGUAUUAUAGCUGUACUGCCGUAGCACCUGUAGUGUAGACAUUGCUGCAAUCUCUCUCACCUGUUGGAGCUGUGCCACUUGGUAUACACAACUAAAUGUUAAUUGGACCAGAGAGAGACUGUCUCUGUUGCCUGGCUUUCGCUCUCUCUCUCGCUCUCUCUUUCUCUCUCUUCUGAGAAAUCCCAUGCUGGACCUGAGAAACCAUCCUGUUAAGACUGAUACAGUUCGGUGAAAAAUUUUGGUUUUGAACAUUCUGCCUUUUUAAAUGAAAAAAAUGGUUUGGCAGAAAAUUUCCAAACAGCUGACAGCUAGGAUGGAAGCUUUUCUUUUUCUGGUUCAUAGUCUUAGUUAAAUAUGCACAGACCCAACACUAGCCCGGGACUAAGGACUGUGUACCCAACUUAUUCUUGAUGGCGCUAACACACACUGAGUUUUGAGACAGUUUCAGUGAGUUUAAUGUUUUAUGACAGAGCUUGAUCCCAUUUUUAAGUAUUAUUUUUCUGUAACAAUUAUUUUUUGAUGGCCCCUGAACUACAGUUUCCUCUUUGCUCCUUCUUUUGCCUCUUGAGCAGUUGAGACAUUUGAUUAUCAACAAUAAGGGUUGACUCCAUGAUAAUUCCUUGGGAAUUUAUUGGGCUGGCAAUGGGCAUAAGGGCCUGUUUUCAGUACUGAUAUGGCGUGAAUGUAAUAUGUAAUUUCAUAGAAAUUUCAUUGUAAUCUAGUAUUAAUUCAUAUCCAUUUAUUAUAAAGUGCUAUCAGAUGAGAUUUUGCAGCUGUAUCUUAUUGUGAGUUUAUUUAUAUGUUCUUGAUUAAGGUUUAGGAAUAAAAGAUAAGAGAAAUCUAGGUCAAUGAAGGGGACCCAGUGUUACCCAAGACAUGAGUUCUCUGAACAUGAUUUUCCUUGGCAGGCUUCAAAAUUGAAAGUAGCUGUAAUUCUCAAAGGUUAUGUCUUAAAUUUUAGCCAUUCAUCAUAGCUACCACCUUAACUACCUGGUGAGAAUGACUGGAAGACAAGUGCUCUCUGCCUCAGAGACUGCACCAAUUCACUGCUCAAUGAAGCUGAAAAUAUUCUCAAAAUCCAGAAGUGUGGUAUAUGUCUGGACAACAGGAAUAGAUAUGUGGGUCUGAAGAGUCAUUUCAGACAUUUCAUAGCCAAGAGAGCAUUACAGAUCACAUUGCUCGUACUGGGCAUGCCAUACCUUGGACUGU